AACCAUAAGGGCUCUCAGGGGGAGCUCAUCCAGGGCUCUCAAUGGGAGCUCAUCCCUCCAUCGUCUCAUGGACACGUGGCUAGGUGGCUCAAAGAUCAUACAACAUCUUAGAUGGACCUUCAGUCUACAGCCCGUCAGAGGGAACAUCAGUCUACAGCCCGUCAGAGGGAACAUCAGUCUACAGCCCGUCAGAGGGAACAUCAGUCUACAGCCCGUCGGAGGGAACAUCAGUCCACAGCCCGUCAGAGGGAACAUCAGUCUACAGCCCGUCAGUGGGAACAUCAGUCUACAGCCCGUCAGAGGGAACAUCAGUCUACAGCCCGUCAGAGGGAACAUCUGUCUAAAGACCCUAGGAGGGAACUUCAGUUACUAGAACGUCUACAACUAUUGUGUUUGAAAAUUCUCUCAGACACAAACAACCAGACACAAUAGAUCAACACAAACCAUCAUAGUCAGACACAAUUGAUCAACACAAACCACCAUAGUCAGACACAAUAGAUCAACACAUACCACCAUAGUCAGACACAAUAGAUAACACAAACAACCAGACAUAAUAGAUCAACACAAACCCACAGACACAAUAGAUCAACACAAACCACCAGACACAAUAGAUCAACACAAACCACCAUAGUCAGACACAAUAGAUCAACACAAACCACCAUAGUCAGACACAAUAGAUCAAGACAAACCACCAUAGUCAGACACAAUAGAUCAACACAAACCACCAGACACAAUAGAUCAACACAAACCAUCAGACACAAUAGAUCAACACAAACCACCAGACACAAUAGAUCAACACAAACCCACAGACACAAUAGAUCAACACAAACCAUCAGACACAAUAGAUCAACACAAACCACCAGACACAAUAGAUCAACACAAACCACCAGACACAAUAGAUCAACACAAACCCACAGACACAAUAGAUCAACACAAACCCACUUACACAAUAGAUCAACACAAACCACCAGAAACAAUAGAUCAACACAAACCACUAGACACAAUAGAUCAACACAAACCAUCAGACACAAUAGAUCAACACAAACCACCAGACACAAUAGAUCAACACAAACCACCAUAGUCAGACACAAUAGAUCAACACAAACAACCAGACACAAUAGAUCAACACAAACCACCAGACACAAUAGAUCAACACAAACCACCAGACACAAUCUAUUAACACAAACCCACAGACACAAUAGAUCAACACAAACACACUGACACAAUAGAUCAACACAAACAACCAGACACAAUAGAUCAACACAAACAACCAGACACAAUAGAUCAACACAAACCACCAUAGUCAGACACAAUAGAUCAACACAAACCACCAGACACAAUAGAUCAACACAAACCCACAGACACAAUAGAUCAACACAAACCAUCAGACACAAUAGAUCAACACAAACCACCAGACACAAUAGAUCAACACAAACCACCAGACACAAUAGAUCAACACAAACCACCAGACACAAUAGAUCAACACAAACCACCAGACACAAUAGAUCAACACAAACCACCAGACACAAUAGAUCAACACAAACCACCAUAGUCAGACACAAUAUAUCAAAACAAACCACCAGACACAAUAGAUCAACACAAACCACCAGACACAAUAGAUCAACACAAACCACCAGACACAAUAGAUCAACACAAACCACCAGACACAAUAGAUCAACACAAACCACCAGACACAAUAGAUCAACACAAACCACCUUAGUCAGACACAAUAGAUCAACACAAACACACUGACACAAUAGAUCAACACAAACCACCAGACACAAUAGAUCAACACAAACCACCUUAGUCAGACACAAUAGAUCAACACAAACACACUGACACAAUAGAUCAACACAAACCACCAGACACAAUAGAUCAACACAAACCACCUUAGUCAGACACAAUAGAUCAACACAAACCACCAUAGCUUUUAUACUCUCGGUGUGGUCAAGCCACCUAUGGUCAAUGCCUCCACGUGGUCAAGCCAGAUCAAGAAACAUGUUAUAAUUGAGAUCAAAUUGGAACAUAAAUAAAUUGGUUUCCUAUUACUUC